UACAUUGAUACAUCUGACCAUACAGGAGCACUGCUCCUGCUGGUUUCUCUAUGAAUAGUCUCAAAGCCAAUCUCAUCUCUCUCUCUGGGUGUUGUGUUCUCCCCCUUGAAUUCCUCCUCUUUGGUCGGCCAGCCUCCGCUACUGACGCAGAGUAGCCCAGCGAUUAUCGUACAGAGCUUGAAAGGAUGGGUAGCUGGGUGUAUAACGAAAGGAGAAGCGCCGGCGGCUUGGCCGUGGUGGUCUGUGAGGAGGAGAGGAGCAGGAGCAGGAUGUUGUCUAUGGAUAUGGUGGAGCCGGUGGUUUGCCCAAAGCCUCGUAGAUUGGGCGUCUUGAAUCCUUCCAUCAAAAGAUGUGCUCUUAAUCAAGAAGUAGAGAUCGGUGAUGCAAAAGCAGGGAGAGAGCUCCUGGAUAUGAUUCUAACUAAGGGGAGCUAUGGUGGAGAUAGAUCCAUUAACCAUGUGGCUUUAUCGCCUCCGGCCUUCUAUUGCGGAUCGCCGCCGAGCAGAGCAUCAAACCCUGUGAUCCAAGAUGCUCAAUUUGGCAGUGAAAAGGUCACUCCAUUGUCUGUAUCACCUGCACCUCCAUCGCCUUCCUCUCGAUGCACCCGAAUGAAAUUUGGGCACAAACCAGCGGCAGUGAGGGUUGAAGGCUUUGAUUGUCUCAGCAGAGAUCAGAGAAAUUGCAGUAGCAUCUCUGCUGUUGCUUAGGCAAUCAAAUCAAAAGAACCCAGAAAAAGAUUUAACUUCAAAUUUUGACCAGGGGAGAAGACAGCUAUGGUUUUCAAGUUCUAGUGUUACUCCACUGUUGUUGUAUUGUAUAUACAGGUCCUAAAUAAGCAAUUUUCAUGUUGAGUCUUCUAAUGUUUAGUGUAAAUUGUAAUGAAGAAGUUGCUGAGUAAUUUUUCAAGAAUAAAUGGAAGGAGAAGAGAGAGAGAGACAAGGCCUCUCUCUUAUCUUAUUGGUAGGAGUUAUUGAAACUUUGUUGAAGGUUAUCAUGGAGGAAGUUUCUUUUUAGGGUUUCUGUUUUGUCAAUGUAAUCCUCCUUUUUUGUAAUUGUAAAUUGGAGCAAGAAAUGGGGAUUACUGUCUUAUUCCGCAGGA